CACCGACAGAUCUUUUCUCAGCUCGCAUUAUUCGACAAGUUCUUGAUAUUGAAAGGAAGUGGCUUGAGGAUUGUUCUUCUUUCUUCAUUAAAUACACACGGAUGAAAAUCUACUGUGAACACGUCAUUUCGAGUUGCAACCGCGCCGGUUGGUCUAUUAUAUUGGUCCCUUUUGAUUUUGGACUUCCGAUAAAGUCGAUAAAGCCGACAAAAAUAAGCGCUGAGAACAUGGGUUAGCUAAGAUCACCGCCAUGUCCAACUCUUUGAUCGAUUUUGGUGGUGUGGCGCACCUUUGUUUGGCGAAUGUUGGCUACGAUGGUACUCUGAGGACCAUUCAAGGCCAUGUGCAUGAUCCUAAUUCGAGAAAAACGUAUGGAUUAUUUGGCGAGUACACUCACUAUUACCAGGACCCCGAGCCCAACGAGUGCUUGGAGCCUGACCUCUUUUACGAACUGGAAAUCUACGAUUAUGACGAACGCAAAUCUGCCACUGUUAUGGUUCGACGACCGGUAUCUGACGAUGCAGCCGGUUUUGCAACGAGUCCAGUCGACGAUGAAUUCAACCAUAAGCAGACCUGUUCCUUUGAACCUAUUUCGUUCUACUCUGGUCGAACUGCGCUUAACCAUUGCAGAAAUUACAUUCCUCAAGUCUCUGGCGAUGUAAGGGAACUCGUUGUGCUUUUGGGAUUGAUGCACGUCACAUUGGAUCCGAGCCACAUGAAGCCACGAGAGAAUGAACCAUAAUCGAAGAUUCAUCUAUUCGGGAAUUUGUACAGUACUAAGUAUUGGAAGAAUCUGAAGAAUAAGUUAAACAAGAUGGGGAUUAAAAAAGAAAGGAAAAGGUGCAUUAUAAAGAUGUGAAUCUAAGGGAAAAUGGGUUGUUCUUUUAUCUGGAUGAUCGGCGGUCCGUGGACGAUGAUAUUGUUGAUUCAUGACGAUUGAUAUGCCGUUUC